AUGUCCGUCAACGAAGAACGGCCCUCCGCGGAAGUGCUGGAUAGUCUCACCUAUCUCGACGCCUUUGUCCGUGAAGCCCUGCGCUUCUGCCCAGCUGGUCCAUGGAUGUACAGGCUGGCCACGGAACCAGUCGCCGUGCCCCUCGGUACCCCAGUCAAAGGCAAAGAUGGAAAGAUGAUGAACAGCUUUACGAUUGAUUCAUCCACCUUUGUGUUCACCCCCAUUCGCGCCCUCAACACCUCUACCUCAUUCUGGGGCCCGGACGCCGAGACAUUCGACCCGUCCCGCUUCCUCGACGGCCGCUCAGAGACAGCGACCAAGCUUCCCGGCGUCUAUGGCAAUACGAUGACAUUCAUGGCCGGUCCUCGCAAUUGUAUCGGAGAGCUGGGGAGUAGGCCAGAGAGGGUGAGCAAGAUUUCGCUGGUGGUACGAGCAUUCGUCAAGGGCGAGGAGCAUCUCGGCGUUCAAGUCCCUCUGAUGGUGGUUCCUCUUGGUGGAUCUAGUCGUGACAAGGAGGUGGUCUGA